CCUACUGCGACCCUAUCGAGAGAGUCUCUCGCGACAGCGAUCGCGACACCUCUCUGGUGCGCUAUCGAUUCGAUCGCUUUCGCCGCGACAGUGCCACUGCCCCUGCCCAAAAGCGCAAGCGCAAUGCGCUGCCAGAUAGCUGCUUAACAGGUACCAUGGACGCCGCUGGAAAGCGUGAUUAGGAGUGGAAGAAUCGAACCGCAAGUGUUCUUGACACCCCCGGCGUCGCAAUCUUCGCAGGGAGCGCCAGGAGCGAUGGAAUAAAUGGCGGCAUUCGCGCUGGGACUAUCGCUGUUCAUCGUCUAGGGCGCCGUGCGCGAGGAGCAAGAACCCUGGGGUUUUUGGCGCUGGAAUGGCGCCUCGGCGAUCAGGUUUGGGAUUCAUCAUCUAUUGGAGUAGAGAUUCGAUAUUACGCCGCCUCUGAUCGAUCUCUAUCGCCGUGAGCAAUGACGACGAGGCUACCGCGGACGUUCACCACCGGGACGUUCCCGACCGAAUUCGAUAGCGAGGUCGUGCCAUCGUCCUUGGGUCCUAUCGCCGCCAUACUCCGUGUUGCCAAUGAGGUCGAGCAAGACAGCCAACGAGUGGCUUAUCUUUGCCGCUUCUAUGCUUUCGAGAGAGCUCACUAUGAUGAUCCUUCUUCGAGUGGUCGAGGAGUCCGGCAGUUCAAGACGGCGCUUCUGCAGCGGCUGGAGAAGGAUGAGGAGCCCUCCAGGCUUGCGAGGCGUGAAAGAAGCGAUGCGCGAGAGAUGCAGCGCUUCUACCAAAACUAUUACGACAAAUACGUCAAGGCUUUGGAGGCCGACCAUCAGGACAGGGCGUCGCUUGCGAAAGCUUAUCAGACAGCUGGUAUUUUGUUUGACGUACUCACGUCUGUGACACGGCAAGACGGAGCGGAAGUGGAUUCUGAAAUGCAAGCUAUGAACACUGAUGUGACCAAGAAGAAAAAGGACAUCAAGCACUACAACAUCCUUCCGCUUGAUGCCGCCGGCGCGUCCCAAGCCAUCAUGAAACUAGAAGAGGUCCGGGCUGCUCAUGAUGCAAUAGCGAACGUUCGUGGUUUGCCAAAGAGAAAGGAAGCACCCUCAGACAUUCUCGAGUGGCUUCAAGUGAUGUUCGGUUUCCAGAAGGAUAAUGUCGCAAAUCAACGAGAGCAUUUGAUAUUGCUCCUUGCAAAUGUCCAUGUUUCUUUAGACCCAGAGCCGUCACCACUGUAUAAGUUGGAUCAGCGUGCAACAGAGAUUGUCAUGAAACGAAUGUUCAAAAACUAUAGAACAUGGUGCAAGUUUCUGGGGCGCUCAGACAAACUAGAGCUUCCUGAGAUACAAUUAGAGGUGCAGCAGCGGAUGAUCUUGUACAUGGCAUUAUACCUUUUAAUAUGGGGGGAAGCUGCAAACGUUCGAUUUAUGCCCGAGUGUUUGUGUUACAUUUUUCAUCAUAUGGCGUCUGAGUUGUCGGGAAUGCUUUCUGGGAGAGUUAGCUAUGUCACUGGCGAGAAUAUAAAACCAGCCUAUGGGAGCGAGGACGAGGCUUUCCUUAAAAAAGUCGUGACACCUAUUUACAAUGUGAUUUUCAAGGAGAAAGAGAGUAACAGAAACGAAAGUGGCGGCAAGCCGCAUUCUUCUUGGCGAAAUUAUGAUGAUUUGAACGAAUACUUCUGGUCUAAAACGUGCUUCCGUUUGGGCUGGCCUAUGAGAAAAGAUGAUGAAUUUUUUGUUGGAGCGGCCGAAGAAGCACAUAGCAGGUCUUCAAAGUUAGCAAGAUUUUUACCUCGAAAACCAAGUUGCUUAAAGACAAAUUUUGUAGAAGCUAGAUCGUUUUGGCAUUUAUUCAGAACCUUUGAUCGCAUGUGGACGUUUUUUAUCCUCUGGCUUCAGGCGAUGAUUAUCAUUGCUUGGAAUGGAUCUGGCUCUCUAGGGGCGUUGUUUGAAGGUUCAGUGUUUAAGAAGGUUCUUUCUGUCUUCAUCACGGCUGCUGUUCUCCGGUUCUUUCAAGCUCUCCUUGAUAUAAUAUUCUCCUUCAAAGCACUCCAUAGUCUCGGAUAUGUUGGUUCGAUUAGGCUUGUAUUGAAAGUUCUGGUUUCUGCUUUUUGGAUCGUUAUCCUUUCGACCAGCUACGUCCACUCCUGGGAACAUCCAACAGGACUGACGAGAACCAUUAAAAAUUUGCUGGGACAUAAUGGGGGGCCUUCCGUGUACUUGGUAGCUGUGAUCCUGUAUCUCGUACCAAAUGCCAUCGCAGCUAUUUUUUUCUUGUUACCAUGCGUGAGGCGAGUUGCAGAAGAAUCAGAUGCAAUUCCCGUCAGAAUUCUUCUUUGGUGGUCUCAGCCACCGUGCUACAUUGGUCGAGGGAUGCAUGAGGAGCCUUUGCAUCUUUUCAGCUACACGUUUUUUUGGAUAGUACUCAUAACCUGCAAGUUGUUAUUUAGCUAUUACGUGGAGAUCAAGCCUCUUGUGGAGCCUACAAAAUUUAUUCUAGAUUUUACUAACGUUAGAUUUGCGUGGCACGAGUUCUUUCCUCAUGCAAGAGGGAACAUUGGCGUCUUGAUUGCACUGUGGACACCGGUUAUUCUUGUGUAUUUUAUGGAUAUUCAGAUUUGGUAUUCUAUUAUGUCGACAAUUUGGGGAGGUGUUGUUGGAGCAUUCAUGCGACUUGGAGAGAUAAGAACUUUAAGUAUGCUGCGAUCAAGAUUUCGUGCUUUGCCAACAACUUUCAACUGGAAUCUGAUACCUUUAGAGAGCUCGGUUAAAAGAAAAUAUCAGAUUCUAAGGAAGUUUAAGGCUUUUGAGCAUAACAAGUUGGAAGAAGCAAGAUUUGCUCACCUCUGGAACGCUGUUAUUGAGUCUUUACGCGAAGAAGAUUUUUUAGAUGACAAAGAAAAGGAGUUGAUGCUACUGCCUUACUCAGCAGAUCCAUAUCCGAGUAACAAUAUUAUUCAAUGGCCGCCAUUUUUACUGGCUAGUAUGGCACCUAUGGCUAUAGAAAUGGCCAAAGAGUAUGCUGAAGUGCAAGGGGAAAAUGUGGAAGACGCUCGUCUUUGGAACAAAAUCAAAGAAAAUGAGUACAUGCGCUGUGCUGUGGAAGAAUGUUACGAGUUUCUUAAAAACAUUCUGUUGCGCGUUGUAACUGGGGACACGGAGAAAAGGCUUAUCCAUGAUUUGCUGAAAGAACUGGAGGAUAGGAAGGCCGAGGGCAAGCUCCUGGAGAAUUUUCGUAUGAAUGACCUUCCUUUACUGGCUGGCCAUUUUGUUCGUUUCCUCGAAUUUCUGGACAAGCCGGACCCUUCAGACACUGCACGGGACAAAGUUGUUCUCCUUCUACAAGAUAUGCUAGAAGUUUUUAUGCAUGACAUGAUGGUCGAUGAUACGAGAGAGAAGUUUGAGUCCAGUCAUGGACUGAACAUGAAACCCACCGACAACCAGUCUGUCAUGGGUGGCAAAGGAAAGAUACAAUUUUUUGCCGGGAAAGAUUCCAUUUUGUAUCCUCUACCUGAGGACCAUGCCUGGAGUGAGCAGAUAAAGCGCGUAUUGUUGCUCCUUACUGAAACAGAAUCCGCUAUGGAUGUUCCUAAAAAUCUGGACGCUCGUCGACGAAUAACCUUUUUCACCAACUCGUUAUUUAUGAAAAUGCCUCCUGCACCUCGUGUUCGAAAGAUGAUUCCCUUCAGUGUUUUGACCCCAUUCUACGAAGAGGAGGUUCUUUAUUCAAAGAAUGUCAUAGAGGAACCAAAUGAAGACGGCGUGUCCAUACUUUUCUAUUUGCAAAACGUUUAUCCAGAUGAAUGGAAUAAGUUCCUUGAAAGAGUUAACUGUAGUACCGAGGAGGAAGUAGAAGAAGCUGCGCUUCGUGAUUGGACGUCAUAUCGGGGACAAACUCUCUCGCGGACUGUGAGGGGGAUGAUGUACUACCGAACUGCACUGGAACUGCAAGCUUUUUUAGAUUUAGCCCCUGACGAAGAUGUUUAUACGGGCUUCAAAGAAGUGUCUAAGCGUCGAAAGGAAGAAAAAGGACAAGAUUCUUUCUGGGCAAAGCUGGAUGCUAUCGUUGACAUGAAAUUCACUUUUGUUGCAACCUGCCAAAAGUUUGGUCAGCAGAAGCACUCGAAAGACCUGAAGGAGGCGUCAAAAGCUCAGGACAUACAGAAACUAAUGACGAAGUAUCCUUCACUGAGGGUUGCUUAUGUGCUUGAAGAAGAACCAUCGAAGGGUAAACCGCAAAAGUCGUAUUAUUCUGUUCUGUCCAAGGCUGUGGAUGGCCGGGAUGAGGAAAUAUAUAAGAUAAGACUUCCUGGGCCUGUCAAUAUUGGAGAAGGCAAACCUGAAAAUCAAAAUCAUGCCAUCAUUUUUACCCGUGGUCUGGGUUUGCAAACUAUUGACAUGAACCAGGAAAACUACCUUGAAGAGGCUUUCAAAGUACGCAAUCUUUUGGAGGAAUUCAAGAGUAGGCAUGGAGCUAGAUUCCCUACCAUUCUAGGUGUGCGAGAGCACAUUUUCACCGGAAGUGUGUCUUCUUUGGCAUGGUUCAUGUCAAAUCAAGAAACAAGUUUUGUUACCAUAGGACAGCGCGUCCUUGCUACUCCUCUAAAAGUACGUUUCCACUAUGGUCAUCCAGAUGUGUUUGAUAGAAUUUUUCACAUUACAAGAGGAGGAGUUAGUAAAGCUUCGAAGGGGAUCAAUUUGAGCGAGGAUAUUUUUGCCGGUAAUGUUCCAUUGAAAUCGAAACCAAAGCUGACUGUUGCGGAGACAGGUUUUAACUCGACUCUACGCCGUGGACUUGUUACGCACCACGAAUACAUUCAAGUGGGGAAGGGUCGUGACGUAGGUCUGAAUCAAAUAUCAAUAUUCGAGGCAAAAGUGGCAAACGGGAACGGUGAACAGACUUUAAGUAGGGAUGUCUAUCGCUUGGGCCACCGCUUUGAUUUCUUCCGAAUGCUUUCCUUCUACAUUACAACAGUGGGAUAUUACUUCAGCACCAUGAUAGUCAUUCUUACAGUAUACGUCUUCUUGUACGGGCGACUCUACUUAGCACUCAGUGGACUGGAGAGGUCUUUUGUCAGGGCAGCACAACAAAACACUGAUAGUGCACUCCAAUCAGCUUUGGCUUCGCAGUCGUUGAUUCAGCUGGGUCUAUUGAUGGCUCUACCCAUGGUGAUGGAAAUUGGACUCGAGAGGGGAUUCCGUAUGGCACUCAGCGACUUGAUUGUCAUGCAGCUACAGCUCGCCUCGGUCUUCUUCACAUUCACUCUGGGCUCCAAAGUUCACUACUAUGGACGUACCAUCUUUCACGGGGGUGCCAAGUACAGAGCAACAGGUCGCGGGUUCGUGGUGAGGCACGAAAAGUUCCCUGAUAACUACAGGCUCUACUCAAGAAGUCACUUCGUCAAAGGCUUCGAGCUGAUGAUCCUGCUCAUUAUAUACGACGUUUACGGAUCGCAGACAAGGAAUGCCGUCUCGUACGUCCUCAUCACAUUCUCCAUGUGGUUCCUGGUGGGAACGUGGCUGUUUUCCCCUUUCCUCUUCAAUCCAUCGGGCUUCGAGUGGCAAAAAAUCGUUGAAGAUUGGAACGAUUGGAACAAGUGGAUAUCCAGUAAGGGAAGGAUUGGAGUUCCUGCCAACAAAAGUUGGGAGUCCUGGUGGGAAGAAGAGCAAGAUCACCUUCAGAAUACAGGUUUUCGCGGCCGUGUCUUUGAAGUGAUCCUUGCUCUGAGAUUCGUCCUCUACCAAUAUGGUAUUGUCUACCAGUUGAACAUCAUGCGGGGAAACAAGAGCCUUUCCAUGUAUGGUCUAUCCUGGGUUGUUAUUUGCGUCGUUCUAUUCACAUUGAAGGCCGUUUCUCUGGGACGAAAGAAAUUCAAGGCCAAUUUCCAGCUCGUCUUUAGGAUGUUGAAGGGAGUCAUAUUCGUAGCGGUCCUCUCAGUAAUCGCUGUGCUUUUCCGCUUUGCUCACCUGACAGUAGGAGACCUGUUCGCCAGCAUUCUCGCGUUCGUUCCCACAGGCUGGGGUUUACUUCAGAUAUUUCAAGCAUGCAGGCCUGUUAUCGUCACGUAUGGGAUGUGGGACUCGGUACAGGCUCUUGCACGAACGUACGAAUACGUCAUGGGGCUGUUGCUCUUUGCGCCUGUUGCGAUCCUAGCUUGGUUUCCAUUCGUGUCCGAGUUCCAGACAAGGCUUCUCUUCAACCAGGCCUUCAGCCGUGGACUGCAAAUAUCCAGAAUUCUGGCUGGUAAACGGAAGAAGGUGGCCGACGACUAGUACAGGUGAGCUAGAUCGCAGGUCCAGGUAUAACAACUAUGGAGGAUCUUAAGCGAUAUACUUAGUUUGAAGACUUGAGGUUAUUAAACGUCGGGGCUAGAUCGCGUCCAGGUAUAACAUUAUGGAGGAUCUUAAGCGAUCUAGAUGGUAGGCCGGGUGGGCUUCUCGACACGAGGAAAUUAAACGUCCAAGUGACGUGGACUGGGAGUUUUUUGGAGGAGAGACGUGUCCAGAGCGUCAGAACAUCAGAGGGUGUCCGUCCAGAACAUCAGAUCGUCAGAGCACCAUGGUCUCUGGCAAGCAAGCCAGAGGGAACCGGACGGUGUCGUCAAGGACAAUGAGGGUGGCUGUGACGCAAGCAAGAGCAAAAGCGACUCCAAAGUUGCAGGUAGAAGCUCACAAGCGCGAGGGGAAGGCAACCAAGCGGCCGAGGACUUAUGCUCCAGAUUUCGACGGAGAGCACAACCAUUACCACCCGAGGUUCUUCCUGGCGCCACCGCGGCCGGCAUACCAGCCCCUCGUUGAUGAGGAGCGUGUCCGGCUAUAGCCAGACCCCAAACGUGCGGCUUCCGGAGUCUAGGCCUGGUCUUUUGCGCCAAGACCCCAUUGCUCGGUCUAGUCUCGUUCACAAGCUCGUCUUUGUAAGGCUUUGGUUCUCAAUACAAGCGAGAGGGAGAGUGAGUUUUGGUA